GUUAAAGGACUUUGCACUCUGACUUCAAAAAUGAGCUUUUCCAGCUCACGUGCCACGAUAGUUAAUGAAUAACUAGCUCCUUAGUGUUAAAAAGCAAAGCUAAGAAGAGAUCUGGAACGAAGUUAAUUCAAUAUUCCUCAGUUGGCCCGUGACGGUCAAAUAUUCGUGACAGUCGUUCUUGGCCGUCACAGGAUUUGCCAAUUAACCUUACCCGUCAGCUGACAAGCCAGUAUACAUAUCGUGCUUCAACUUCCCAACAAUGAGUUCUGUACCAGUAAUAGAUAUUUCGCCUCUAUCCAAAACACAGAUGACAACGUAGUGGACCAGCAAGCUAUAGAUCAGGUCUAUAAGCAGAUUCACCAAACUUGUAAAGAUAUUGGAUUCUUCUAUAUAACUGGUCAUGGAGUGGAGCAAUCGACCAUGGACUUACUUUUAAGAUAUACACAGAAGUUUUUUGCUCUUCCAAUGGAAAAGAAAACUGCUCUCAGCAUUCAUAAGAGCCCAUCCUACAAUGGAUACAUUGAGCCAGGUUGUGAAAGGACUCAAAAUGUUGCAGAUAUCAGAGAAGGGAUUUAUUGUGGUCGGCAGUUGCUACAGUCGCAUGAUGGAGAUGCAAUGGUGAUGAGCGACAAUUUUCCAGAGGAGACUGAUUUACCAGGAUUUGCAGAAAGUGUAAAAGGCUACAAAGCUCAGCUCACAAAAUUAGGAUUUGCAAUGAUAAAAGCCUUGGCUGUUGGAUUAGGACUCCCAGAAGACUACUUUGUUGACAAGUGUUCCCCACCUAUGAGUAUUCUAGCUUUCUGGCACUACCUACCCUACCCAGGUGACACUGACUCUUGGGGGGUAGGACCGCACACCGAUUCUGGCAUGUGGACCUUUUUACUGCAAGAUGAUAUUGGUGGAUUGGAAGUGGAAAUAACAGAGGGACAAUGGGUUGAAGUGAAACCAAUACCAGGCACAUUCGUGGUUAACCUGGGAGACUGCCUUCAGGCCUGGACCAAGGGUUUAUACCGAGCCACAAGACAUCGUGUAAGACGUUCAAUCAAGACAGAUCGAUACUCAGUGCCAUUUUUCUUUAACCCAAAUCGAGGAUGUAUUAUUGAGCCUAUUGAGACUGACAUCACAAGAAAUCUGACCUUCACCAAGAUUGUAAAAGGCCUUGAGAUGCCCUUUCGCUAUGGUGAUUUCGCUCGAACACUUUUAGAGAAAAGCCACGGCUGGAGCAGAGGACAGAAUAACAUAAAUUGAAGUUUGACUGCAUAUACUUUAUUUUUGACACCUCUAACUCUUACUAACGGUGUGCAAAAAAGUCUUGCUCAGGGUUAGUUCAUUUUUCCAUCAGGCUACUGGAUUGAUUAUUUCAUUUAACCAAGGACAGAUUCAUACAUUUUGUCGGUAUUGCAUGAUAAGAAGUUUUGCCGGGCAAAUCCAUGUUCAGAGAAGGACAGUCGGGAAAGGCAAGCUUUCUGCUUCAGCUAACUCUAAAUAAAAUAAACACCGAAAUACUA